UCCACAUUUCCAAAAAUAUGUCGUGGCAAUCUUACGUAGAUGAGCAUUUGAUGUGCGACGUCGGCGACGGUCACACCCUCGCUUCCGCUGCCAUCACCGGCCACGAUGGCUCUGUGUGGGCUCAGAGCGCUAAUUUCCCUCAGUUUAAACCUGAAGAAAUCAAAGAUAUCAUGAAAGAUUUUGACGAGCCAGGUCAUCUCGCCCCUACAGGAUUACAUCUUGGAGGUAACAAAUAUAUGGUAAUCCAGGGAGAGCCUGGAGCUGUCAUUCGGGGGAAGAAGGGAUCUGGAGGCAUCACCAUAAAGAAAACCGGGCAAGCUCUAAUUUUUGGCAUCUAUGAGGAACCUGUCACUCCUGGACAAUGUAACAUGGUUGUUGAGAGGUUGGGGGAUUACCUCGUUGAUCAGGGUCUGUAGACCUGAUCUCCCGUGAUUGGGAUUUUGAACAGUUAUUUUUUGGUACCAUACUUUUUUAUUUUUGAAUUUUGCUAUGCA